AAGUUGAGAAACUGGUGAUAAAUAAAGACGCAUUGAGAUUUAUGCAACCUCUGAGGGGAACUCCAGCAUACUGGAACAAAACAACAAAAGACUUGUUCAGUAUAAUUCGUCAAAUUGGCACCCCCUGUUUUUUUGUCACGUUUUCAGCUGCGGAGUUCAGAUGGCCUGAAAUCAUUCAAGCCAUAAAGAGGCAACAAGGUGAGGAAAUUGAUGUUGACGCUCUUGACUGGACCGCCGAGUCUGAGAUUCUGCGAUCCAAUCUUGUCACCUGCAUGCGUUUAUUCGAUAAGCGAGUUGAGGCACUUUUCAGAGAUUUGUUGCUGUCAGAUGCUUAGCCUUUGGGAAGAGUGAUUGACUAUUUUUACAGAGUUGAGUUUCAGCACAGAGGAAGUCCACACAUCCAUGYGAUGCUAUGGGUUGAAGGAGCUCCACAGCUGGAUGAGUCAGACGAUCAAACUGUGUGUAAUUUUGUUGAUAAAUACAUCUCGGCACAGCUUCCUGAUCCAGACAGAGAACCAGAACUGUAUCGGAAAGUUUCUGAAGUUCAGAGGCACAGUAAGAAUCACACCAGGUCUUGUUUCAAGAGUGUGAACUCUGGUUGUCGAUUUGGUUUUCCAAAGCCCCCCUGCAGAAACACMRUGAUCUCCAGACCAGGUGAGAACAAUGACACUKWAACUGCYAAAGYCAAACUCAGRCCUUUGAUGCAACUCCUGAACGAACCUGAAGUCGCUUCCAUGAGUUUAGAGCAGAUCCUUUCUCKGUGUCACUUGACRCUAGAAGAGUAUGAAUCUUGUCUUCAGACCAUGAACAAAAAGACUGCCAUCUACUUGAAGCGUGAUCCCAAAGAUUGCUGGAUAAAUGCUUACAAUCCACAUCUGSUUAAAGCUUGGGACAGUAACAUUGAUGUGUCUUUCAUACUAAAUGCCUACUCAUGUAUACAGUAUUUGACAAAAUACAUCACAAAGAAAGAAAGUGGACUAUCAGAGUACCUGAAAACAGUGCUGGAUAAUUCAAACAUGGACCGAGUCAAUGAGUGUGAUGAAAUGAAAGCGAUCAUGCAAGCAUACUCUAAAAAGCAAGAAAUUAGUGCUCAGGAGUGCGUUGCUCGUGCCUGUGGAUUAAAGAUGAAAAACUGUUCCCGCAGUGUUGUGUUCAUACCCACAGACGAUAAUCCUGUGAAGAUGAGUUGGCCAAUGUCUUUCUUGGAGGAUAUCCCAUCGGAUUCUUGCAAUAUAUGGAUGACCAGUUUGACAGAUAAGUACAAAGCAAAGCCUGAAAUACCCGAAUAUGAGGAGAUGUGUUUGGCUGAUUUCGCUGCUAUCUGCAGGUUUGUAAGUUCAGAGAAGGCAAGCAGUAAUGGUGUUUUACCACUUCUAAAUCAGCUGGGAUUUGUGACAAGGCGAAAAAAUGACAAGCCCUCCGUCAUCCGCUACUAUCAUUGUUCCAAAGAGAAAGAACCGGAGCAGUUUUAUGCCAGAUUACUGAGACUGUACCUUUCUCAUCAGUCGGAGUUUGAAAUUCGAAGCGUCAGUCUUCCUACCUACGAGUCUUUUUACACCUCUGGCUGUGUCCGACUACCAGGUUCAGACCGCCUUGAAACUGUUAAAGGUGUUGUCAAGAGAAACAGAGACAAAUAUGAGAAAAACAAUGAGGAGAUUGAGAGUGCCCUUGAAGAGUUUGAGGAAAGCAGAGACCAGGUGAUUGAUGAGUGGUGUAAUCUUGCUCCUGAAUCUGAAGUUGUGAGGUUGCAGUGUGACGACGACCUUCAGCCAGCAGAGCCCGAAAACGAACAGGAAAACGUACCAGACUAUUGUCCUCAGUCUUCUGCUGUCACUGAAAUGCGAGCCAUCAGAGAACCUCCCGCUAUGGAUCCGACUUUGCUGAGACAAAUGUAUCAGAACUUGAACCAGAAGCAGGCCUGUAUCUUCUAUGCCAUCAGAGACUUCUGCCUUAAACUUGUGUGCGGUCUGAAACCAGAGCCAUUUUUUCUGUAUGUAAAUGGUGGGGCAGGUACUGGAAAGUCACAUCUGAUUCGAUGCAUUUACUCAGAGGCAUGCAAAACACUCAGCAGGCUGCCACGCUUCUCAGAGGAUGCUGAUAUUUCGGCUCCAACUGUUCUGCUCACUUCAUUCACUGGAACGGCAGCUUUCAACAUCUGUGGAACAACACUCCACUCUUUGUUUAAACUUCCAAGGUCGUUAAAACCACCAAUUCAAGCACUUGGCAAUCAGUUGGAUGAAAUCAGGUCAGAACUUUUCAACGUUCAAAUCUUGAUUAUUGACGAGAUCUGAAUGGUUUCUAAGCCCCUCUUUGCUUAUGUGGAUGCACGGCUCAAACAAAUCAAAGGAAGUCAUAAACCAUUUGGAGAUGUAUCUGUAUUGGUGCUCGGCGAUUACGCUCAGCUUAAACCAAUUCGCCAAUCUACACCUCUUUGUGUACACAAUCCAGAGGAUAUUGACUUGUGGCAGGAACAUUUUCAAAUGACCUCUCUAACUGAGAUUAUGAGGCAAAAAGAUGAYAUUGCGUUUGCAGAGAUGCUUAACAGAAUUUGGGUCAAAGAAAAAACUGAUGAACUGUCUCAGGCUGACAGAGAUUUGUUAUCACAAGCCAUCACAGAACCAAGUCUUUGCCCUGCUGACGUUUUGCACAUUUUUGCGACCAAUAAGUUGGUGGAUGAAUACAAUUUGGCAACUUUGACUUUGUUACAUUCCAACAUCAUCACCAUUGACGCAGAUGACUUCCAAAAGG